AUGGUGUAUCAGAAACUUUUUUUGUACUUCCUCCUCGUACAGCUGGCGUCGGUAAAUGUGCCGGGGGUAUCUUCGGAGACGAGUUGGCGCAGGAAUUCUCAGAGGGGCACAUCUCCACGUGACAAGAUAAAUGAGUUUAAUGUCCACCGGAACAAGGAUGGCAAGUUGGCUUACUUUGGCAAGUCGACGACCAAGAACCGCCUCACCUUCAAGCAACACUUUGGCAAGGCUGAGCUUGUCAGUUUUGAGAUCACCUCGGUUGCACCUCCAUUUGCCAUCAAAAAGUUUGUCGAUGUGAAUCCUGCGACCAAGAAGACCGUGGAGCUCUAUGGAAUGCCCAUAAACAAGACCAUUUACUCGAUGAGACUCUACCACUGCGCUGGCACUCUCAGGGUACUGCAUGUCUCAACCAGCGAUGCACCCUACGAGGAAUGGUACACCAGAGUCAUCAACUCCAAUAGUUUUACCCUCGUUCCUACCAUGAGCGGACUGAGCAAGGAUUCGGUUGACGACUGCAAGAUCGGCAAGAUGAUCUAUUUGACCGGUUGUUACAAACGACUCUGCACUCAGGACCUGCCCCUCAACGGAAGGAAGGAAGCUGGAGUCAAGGAAGAGACUUCAGUCUACCCAUACAUCAAGUAUACCUUUGUCCCGAACAAGGAACGCGCACUGUCGUACAAUGGGAAGCUCUUGUAUUACACUGAACGCCCCUCCUACAUGGACCAACCAAAGACAUCACCCAAGCCCAUCACACUCUACAACUAUGAAGAAGCAGCUGUCUACUACUGGAAUGAUAAGAAGGGAGAACGACCCAUUAUGUUGGAACUUAAGCAUAGCAGCGGAGAAUCCACGUACUACAAAAACCUGGGAAAGGAUGAUCUGACGUGGCAAGCUGAGACUGUGAGGAAUGAAGAAGACCUGGAAGAGGAGCUAGACUUUGGCAACUGUCACCUCAAUAAUGCCUUUAUCGUGGACCUUACGUUUACUAAUAGGAAGGUCCCAAUUCAGACUGAUUUCUGUACCAGGUGCAAGUUGAGAGCUAACGCUGAAGAAAAGGGGAUUAAAACCAAGGAAACAGGUGAAAUUAUGUACUAUCGCUCCUUCCCUGUGGAACCAGGCUUUACACUUACAAAGAUCAUGUACUACGACUCCCCUAGCGAAGAGAAAAAGGGUGUCACCAUUCCUGGACUGGAUUUUCCAACAAAAAUGGUAUCAAACCUUGGCAUAUACUACUGCAAACACAACCCGGUACUUUUGCACAUCAAGGUCUUUGACGGCCGGCAAAAGUGGUACAAGAGAUCUGGAGAUGUUUGGACCCACAUUCCCAGCUUUGACAACAAAUCGCCAGAGAACGCAGAGGAUUGCGCUACCAGAACACAAUACACCAGUACGCUUCAAGACCUGGGCUGUUCAUUCACACCUGGAAAGUGUACCGUCCCCGUUGUUCGUACAGUUACCGCAGAUAUUUCACAUAAGCCAGAAACCAGAAAAUAUGUACCACACGGUGCUAGUGUUGAGAUUACAAUCAAUGAGGCAAAGGCUAUCAACGAUUUCUAUCAAAUUACCCAUGUUAGUACAGACAAUAAAUUCACACUCUCUACCAUUCAACAUGGAGGUACUGUGACGAAUAUACCACCAUCUGAAAAGGUGAAGGAACUUGAUGUUUACUAUUGGAAGUUUGAUGAAGAUUAUUCUGGCCCACUUCUUGUAAAAAUCGGCAGGGAUGAUAAAGAUUUGUGGUAUGAGAAUACCGGGCUUAGCAGACACAGGAAUAGUGAAUGGAGUUUGAUUGAGAAUCCUGCUGAACUUUACGUUGAGGAUCUUCUUGUCAUGAAGCUCAAAAAUAUAAACUGCAGAAUAAACCACGCCUAUACCUUUGAUAUAUCUCGAGACAGAGACUACACAUCAUUCUGCCUUGAUGUAGAUGUGGAGGUUAGCAACCAAGUCAUUAGUGAUUUAGGGUACACCAAGUAUACACACAACACACCGGUGAUACCCUUUACCCUCUUGGGCUUGACAAAUGUGCCACAGGGUAUGAGCCUCCCAGACUUGAGUGAGCCCAUGCGCAACGUUUCUGGAAUUUAUGUCUUCAAACCAAAUUCUCCAGACAAACCUACACUUGUAUACCUGGAGAUGGCGGACAAAAUUCAUAGCAGAUGGUACGGAAAUAUACAAGAGGAGUCUAGCGCCCCUCGUGGCGACCUCUAA